AACAUAGGCUUCUGUCAAGGCGAUGUAGUUUUCCCCCUCUAGCCUUAUGCAUCCCUACAUGUUUUCAGGUGGAUAAGGUGAAUUCAGAGGAUUUUUAAAACACCGGGAUUCUUGUUUUUUUUUCUUUUUUACUCCUCAGUGGAUGGUUUUUGAACAACAGCAGACGCCCGAGCUUGUAAAGCAGGUGUGAGAGACAGCGGCGACCGCUCCUCUCCUCCCUGUUUUCCAAGGGGAAAUGUCGAGCGAGACGCCGGUUUCAGCACCACCGGGCUCUGCUUCCUCGCUCACGGACACAGACCAAGACUCGCAUCCCCCUCUCCCUCCUGCGCCGGCGGGGUCCUCCGCUCAGCCGCCGCCGCCGCAGCAGCAGGUCGCCGCGGGCGCUGGCUCCGGCUCCACCGGGGAAAAGAUGGUGUCUGCGGCCGGCUCCAUGGUUCUCCCGGCCGGGGUGAUCAACCCCGCGGUUCCGAUUAGGAAUAUCCAGAUGAAAUUCGCCGUGCUGGUGGGCCUGAUCCAGGUUGGGGAGGUUAGCAACCGGGACAUCGUGGAGACGGUGCUGAACCUGCUGGUGGGCGGCGAAUUUGACCUGGAGAUGAACUUCAUCAUCCAGGAGGCGGAGAGCAUCGGCUGCAUGGUGGAGCUGUUGUCGCACUGCGAAGUAACGUGCCAGGCGGAGAUCUGGAGCAUGUUCACCGCCAUCCUGCGGAAGAGCGUGCGAAACCUGCAGACCAGCACCGAGGUCGGCCUCAUCCAGCAGGUGCUUCUCAAAAUGAGCACUGUGGACGACAUGAUCGCAGACCUCCUGGUGGAUAUGCUUGGAGUCCUGGCCAGUUACAGCAUCACAGUGAAGGAGCUGAAGCUGCUCUUCAGUAUGCUGAGAGGAGAGAAUGGCAUCUGGCCAAGACAUGCUAUCAAGUUGUUGUCUGUGUUGAACCAGAUGCCUCAGAGGCACGGUCCCGACACCUUCUUCAACUUCCCUGGACGCAGUGCAGCGGCUAUAGCAUUGCCACCAAUUGCCAAGUGGCCGUACCAAAACGGAUUUACCAUCAACACUUGGUUCAGACAAGAUCCACUCAACAACAUUAACGUGGACAAAGACAAACCAUACCUCUACUGUUUUCGCACGAGUAAAGGAAUCGGUUAUUCUGCUCACUUUGUGGGAAACUGUCUCAUUGUGACAUCCCUGAAGUCCAAAGGAAAAGGCUUCCAGCACUGUGUAAAAUACGAUUUCCAGCCACGUAAGUGGUACAUGAUCAGCAUUGUCCAUAUCUAUAAUCGCUGGAGAAACUCAGAGAUCCGCUGCUAUGUCAACGGCCAGCUGGUGUCCUACGGCGACAUGGCAUGGCAUGUCAACACUAAUGAUAGCUAUGACAAGUGCUUUCUGGGUUCAUCAGAGACAGCAGAUGCGAACAGAGUCUUCUGUGGCCAGCUUGGAGCCAUUUAUGUUUUCAGUGAAGCUCUCAACCCGGCUCAGAUCUUUGCCAUUCAUCAGCUCGGUCCAGGUUAUAAGAGCACUUUCAAGUUCAAGUCGGAGAGCGACAUCCACCUGGCUGAGCACCACAAGCAGGUGUUGUAUGACGGCAAGCUGGUCAGCUCCAUCUCCUUCACCUACAAUGCUAAAGCGACGGACGCUCAGCUCUGCCUGGAGUCAUCACCCAGGGAAAAUCCCUCCAUCUUUGUCCACUCACCGCACGCACUCAUGCUGCAGGAUGUGAAGGCCAUUGUUACCCACUCCAUCCACAGUGCCAUCCACUCUAUAGGAGGCAUCCAGGUCCUGUUUCCACUCUUCGCUCAGCUGGAUUACAAACAGCUCAAUGACAGCAGUGUGGACACCACAGUCUGUGCGACUCUGCUGGCAUUCCUGGUGGAGCUGUUGAAAAGCUCAGUGGCCAUGCAGGAGCAAAUGCUGGGAGGCAAGGGCUUUCUGGUGAUUGGGUACCUGCUGGAGAAGUCGUCUCGGAUUCACAUCACCAGGGCAGUCCUUGAGCAGUUCCUGUCUUUCGCAAAGUAUCUGGACGGUUUACCUCAUGGAGCGCCACUCCUCAAACAGCUCUGUGACCAUGUCCUCUUCAACGCUGCCAUCUGGAUACACACACCUGCCAAGGUCCAACUGUCCCUCUACACGUACCUGUCGUCAGAGUUCAUCGGCACCGCCACCAUCUACACCACCAUUCGCCGCGUCGGCACUGUCCUGCAGCUGAUGCAUACUCUGAAGUACUACUACUGGGCUAUAAACCCUCUGGAGUGUAGCGGAAUCACCCCCAAAGGACUCGAUGGUCCACGGCCGUCCCAGAAGGAGAUCAUCUCGCUGAGAGCCUUCAUGCUCCUCUUCCUCAAACAACUCAUAUUGAAGGACCGAGGUGUGAAGGAGGAUGAGCUGCAGAGUAUCCUCAACUAUUUGUUGACAAUGCACGAGGAUGAGAAUAUCCACGAUGUCCUCCAGCUGCUGGUGGCUCUUAUGUCUGAGCACCCAGCAUCCAUGAUCCCCGCUUUUGAUCAAAGAAAUGGCAUCAGGGUGAUCUGCAAACUCCUAGCCUCCAAGAGCGAAAGUAUACGAGUUCAGGCACUUAAAGUUCUGGGCUACUUCCUUAAACACCUCGGUCACAAGAGGAAGGUGGAGAUCAUGCACACACACAGCCUGUUCACACUGCUGGGAGAAAGGCUGAUGAUGCACACCAACACGGUCUCCAUCACCACCUACAACACACUGUAUGAGAUUCUGACAGAGCAGGUGUGCACCCAGGUGGUUCACAAACCCCACCCUGAGCCAGACUCUACUGUCAAGAUCCAGAACCCCAUGAUUCUGAAGGUAGUGGCUACUCUGUUGAAGAACUCCUCACCCAGUUCUGAGCUGAUGGAAGUUCGGAGACUCUUCCUCUCCGACAUGAUUAAACUCUUCAGCAACAGCCGUGAAAACCGACGCUGCCUGUUGCAGUGCUCGGUGUGGCAGGACUGGAUGUUCUCCCUCGGAUAUAUCAACCCCAAGAACCCAGAGGAACAAAAGAUAACGGAAAUGGUGUACAACAUCUUCAGGAUCCUUCUCUACCAUGCUAUCAAAUACGAAUGGGGAGGGUGGAGGGUCUGGGUUGAUACUCUUUCCAUUGCGCAUUCUAAGGUGACCUAUGAAGCCCAUAAGGAGUACUUAGCUAAGAUGUAUGAAGAGUACCAGCGUCAGGAGGAGGAAAACAUGAAGAAAGGAAAGAAAGGGUCUGUCUCCACAAUCUCCGGUCUCUCGGCCACACCAGCUCCUGUCGUUAACGGGAAUCUAGAGAUAGAUGACAACUCUCAGACGCAGACCCCGGAAAGUGAAGUAGAGUACGGCGAAGGGGCAGGCGGGGACUCACGCAACCUUCUUGCUGAGGGUUCAGUGAAGCGGCCGAACGGUGAAGCUUUGACGCCAGGGGAGCAGAGUGCUGGUCCAGGAGUGAGAGUGGAGGUUCAUGACCUCCUGGUGGACAUUAAAGCAGAAAAAGUAGAAGCCACUGAGGUGAAGCUGGAUGACCUGGACCUAUCUCCAGAGGCCCUGAGUGGAAGUGUGGGAGGCAGUGGGGGUGGGGUAGGAAUAGAAAAUGGACCUCUUGUAGAAGUGGAUUCUCUCUUGGACAGUUCUUACUGCUCUGUUGUUCCGAACCUGAACGGGAAUCUGGCGCCCAAAGAAGACACGGCAGGCUCAAGGGUUGGAAUCGGGACCAGCCUGGGACUUUCGAGAGUCAGCAUGGAGGAUGACGGGAACAUGGGUCCUCUCAUCACGUUAGCUGAUGAGAAAGACAGUGUUCCAAGCAACAAUGGAUUUCUCUUUAGCAAGGUUGAUGAGAAGCUGCUUCCAGCUCUGGCAUCCACAGAUCCCCUUGUUCUUCCUAGUACGGACCAGCCUGCUCCAUCAGGAAGCGUCCCCGCUCACUCCACCACCAGCGCCAGUGAUGACCUCAGCUUGCUGGCCCACAUGACCAGCUGUGACUCUGAUUUAACACAAACCCAAAGCCACACCCCUGGGGAACUCCCUGAGGACGGACCAUUCAAGAUCCAGAGUCCUCUGGCUGACAUCAGCUCUAUUGCUGAAGCCGAGAGCCAGAACCAACUCCAGGGAGCGACUAGACCAGAAUUCCCAGAGGGGGAGGGAGCACCCGGGCCAGAGGGAGAGACUGCGGGGUUGAAGACAGGGGGAGACACAGCCAGUACCACUUCUGAUACAGAGCGGUCAGAUGAUGGGAAAGACAAAGACAUAAAAAAGAUUCAAACUACAGCUACCACCCAGGCCCUGCACGGCCGCACCGCAGCCCAGCUGGAGCGGGACCUGCGUGUCGACCUGGGCUUCCGGGGAAUGCCCAUGACGGAAGAGCAGCGGCGUCAGUUCAGCCCCGGCCCACGCACCACCAUGUUCCGGAUCCCAGAAUUCAAAUGGUCCCCGAUGCACCAGAGGCUGCUCACCGACCUGCUGUUUGCACUGGAGACGGACGUGCACGUGUGGAGGAGCCACUCCACUAAGUCAGUGAUGGAUUUUGUGAACAGCAAUGAAAACAUCAUCUUCGUCCACAACACCAUUCACCUCAUUUCUCAGAUGGUGGACAACAUCAUCAUUGCCUGUGGAGGCAUCCUCCCUCUCCUGUCGGCCGCCACCUCCCCCUCCAGUUCUAAGAGUAGUGCCAACACUAAGGCAGGAGGAGCAGGACCCCAGAGGGGUUCGAAGGGAGAGGAGGUGACCCCCAUUCCUGGGGGAGGAGGCGCAGGGGGAGAGACAGAGUUGGAGAACAUAGAGGCGACACAGGGGAUGUCUUCAGAGACAGCGGUCACUUUUCUGUCUCGCCUGAUGGCCAUGGUGGACGUUCUGGUGUUUGCCAGCUCGCUGAACUUCAGUGAGAUCGAAGCAGAGAAGAACAUGUCGUCUGGGGUAAUGAGGCAGUGUCUCCGCCUCGUGUGUUGCGUGGCUGUCAGAAACUGCCUGGAGUGCAGACAAAGACAAAGAAAUCGAAGUUGCAAGUCUUCAUUAACCAGCAGCAAGUCGCAGGACAGCCUCCACAGUGCCUCCACUGCCAGCAAGCAGGAUCCAGAUAGACUCCUUCAGGAUGUGGACAUCAAUCGUCUUCGAGCUGUAGUCUUCAGAGAUGUGGAUGACAGUAAGCAGGCUCAGUUUUUGGCACUGGCAGUCGUAUACUUCAUCUCAGUUCUCAUGGUGUCAAAGUACCGAGAUAUUUUGGAGCCACAGAGAGAAAUUGGCCGGUCCACCAGCUUGUCAGGGAGAAGCAUCCGCCAUGAGAUAAACUCCCCAACUAGUACAGAGCACCCAUCCACAGCCUUCUCUGACAAGCAGACCCCUACCCCAGUAGAUGACUCUCCUCUGGCAGGCCUUCCCCACACGGAUUCCGGCAUUGGAGAAGAAGGUCAUGUGGCUGGGUCCCUGAACGGCUCUGAGGUGGGCCUUGGUGGCCUUGGUUUGGGCCUGGUGGGGAGAGAGACAGACAGAGACCGAGACAGAGACAACGGUGGAGGGGGAAGCGGAGGGACAGAUCUGCUGUGCAGUCUGUCGUCUGACGUUCGGAGGUCGCAAGAGAGCCUUCUGGAUUCUCCCCAUGAUCCCAGAUCCACUCCGAACUCGAGCCUAGCACCACCUUCAUCCAUUUCUAGCAUCAGCCAAACAAACAAAGGCAUCAAUGUUAAGGAGAUCCUGAAGAGCUUGGUGGCGGCUCCCAUUGAUGGCACAGAGUUGGGUCAGGAGUCCGGGCCGACGCCCUACCACCCGGACCCCGCUCUGAAGACGCAUCCCAUGCUGCCCAUGCAGUUCCACUCCUUCGACAGGAGUGUUGUUGUUCCAGUGAAAAAGCCCCCACCUGGCAGCCUGUCUGUCAACACAGUGGGCACACCCACCACCAGUGGAUCAGCCACUCCUGGCAGCACACCCAACAUUUUUGCUGCUGCAACAGCAACACCCAAGAGCAUGAUCAACACUACAGGUGCUGCAGACUCUGCCUCCUCAUCCUCUUCCUCCUCGUCAUCGUUCGUUAACGGUGCAACUAGUAAGAAUCUGCCAGCAGUGCAGACAGUGGCCCCGAUGCCAGAAGACACUAUGGAGAACAUGAGCAUCACCACUAAGUUGGAGCGUGCUCUGGAGAAAGUGGCACCGCUGCUAAGGGAGAUCUUUGUGGACUUCGCUCCCUUCCUGUCCAGGACGCUGCUGGGUAGCCAUGGGCAGGAACUGCUCAUAGAAGGUCUGGUGUGCAUGAAGUCGAGCACAUCUGUGGUGGAGCUUGUAAUGCUGCUCUGUUCUCAGGAGUGGCAGAACUCCAUUCAGAAGAAUGCUGGACUAGCCUUCAUCGAGCUCAUCAACGAGGGAAGACUCUUGUGCCACGCCAUGAAGGAUCACAUUGUGCGUGUUGCCAAUGAAGCAGAGUUCAUCCUGAACAGACAGAGGGCCGAGGAUGUCCACAAACACGCCGAGUUUGAGUCUAACUGUGCUCAGUAUGCUGCGGACCGCAGAGAGGAGGAGAAAAUGUGUGACCACCUCAUCAGUGCUGCCAAGCACAGAGAUCAUGUGACUGCCAACCAGCUGAAACAGAAGAUCCUCAACAUCCUGACCAAUAAGCACGGAGCCUGGGGGACAAUGUCACAGAGCCAAUUGCAUGACUUCUGGCGCUUGGAUUACUGGGAGGAUGAUCUCAGGAGGAGGAGAAGAUUUGUGAGAAAUGCCUUUGGAUCCACACAUGCCGACAUUUCACUAAAAACUCUGGAUGAGUACGGCACAGAGGAGGAUGAGGAGGAGGGGGGUGUUAAGUCGAAGAAGAACUUCCGCAGUCAGUCGGUGGUCACCCAGAAUCCAGAGGCGGAGCUGAUGCUGGAGGGAGACGAUGACGCCGUCAGUCUGCUGCAGGAGAAAGAGAUCGACAACCUCGCUGGCCCUGUGGUUCUGAGCACUCCUGCUCAGCUGGUAGCCCCUGUGGUGGUGGCUCGAGGCACUCUCUCCAUCACCACAACAGAGAUCUACUUUGAAGUUGAUGAAGAGGAUCCUACUUUCAAGAAGAUGGAUGCAAAAGUGCUGGCUUACUCAGAGGGUUUGCACGGGAAAUGGAUGUUCAGUGAGAUCCGAGCCGUCUUCUCCAGACGCUACCUGCUGCAGAACACAGGCCUGGAGGUCUUUAUGGCCAACAGAACAUCUGUGAUGUUUAACUUUCCUGACCAGGCCACAGUCAAAAGGGUCGUCUACAGCCUCCCUCGGGUCGGGGUGGGAACGAGUUAUGGACUUCCACAAGCCAGGCGUAUCUCCUUGGCCACUCCACGUCAGCUCUUCAAGUCAUCGAACAUGACGCAGCGCUGGCAGAGGAGAGAGAUCUCCAACUUCGAGUACCUCAUGUUUCUAAACACUAUUGCAGGGAGGACCUAUAAUGAUUUGAACCAAUAUCCUGUCUUCCCCUGGGUCCUGACCAACUAUGAUUCAGAGGAGCUUGAUCUCACUCUGCCUGGCAACUUCAGAGACCUUUCCAAGCCAAUCGGUGCCCUGAAUCCCAAGCGAGCGGCGUUUUAUGCAGAGCGCUAUGAGACAUGGGAUGAUGACAGCACACCCCCUCACCACUACACCACCCUGUACUCCACAGCUCACUCCACACUGAUGUGGAUGGUCAGAAUAGAGCCCUUCACCACAUUUUUUCUGAAUGCCAACGACACUAAAUUUGACCAUCCAGAGAGAGCCUUCUCUGGCAUCGGUCGCGCCUGGAGGAACUGCCAGAGGGACACAGCGGAUGUUAAGGAGCUGAUCCCAGAGUUUUAUUACUUGCCUGAGAUGUUUGUGAACAGUAACGAGUAUGAACUGGGCGUGCGUGAUGACGGCGUUCCUGUGUGCGAUGUGGAGCUUCCUGUCUGGGCAAAGAAACCUGAAGACUUUGUCCGCAUAAACAGAAUGGCGUUGGAGAGUGAGUUUGUCUCGUGUCAGCUUCACCAGUGGAUCGAUCUCAUUUUCGGCUAUAAGCAGCGGGGGCCAGAAGCGGUCCGAGCUCUCAACGUUUUCAACUUCCUGUCCUAUGAGGGAGCUGUAAACUUGGACAACCUGGAUGCUGCACAGCGAGAGGUGAUUGAGACUCACAUUCAGGUCUCUGGACAGGUUCCCUCCCAGCUGCUGAUUGAGCCGCACCCGCCUCGCUCCUCUGCCAUGCACCUGUGUUUCCUUCCCCAGAGCCCUCUGAUGUUUAAGGAUCAGAUGCAGCAGGAUGUCAUCAUGGUGCUCAAGUUCCCCUCCAACUCUCCCGUCACACAUGUUGCAGCCAACACGCUGCCCCACCUCAGCAUCCCGGCGGCCGUCACCGUCACGUGUAGCCGGCUAUUUGCUGUAAACCGCUGGCACAACACAGUCGGCCUCCGUGGUGCUCCAGGAUACUCUCUGGAACAGGCUCAUCAUCUACCCAUAGAAAUGGAUCCUCUCAUAGCAAAUAAUUCAGGUGUAAACAAGCGACAGAUCACUGACCUGGUGGACCAGAGUAUCCAGAUUAACACCCACUGCUUUGUGGUAACCGCCGACAACCGCUACAUACUGGUCUGUGGCUUUUGGGACAAGAGCUUCCGAGUUUACUCGACUGAAACUGGAAAACUAACCCAGAUUGUUUUUGGCCACUGGGACGUGGUGACAUGCCUGGCCCGGUCAGAGUCCUACAUCGGAGGAGACUGCUACAUCGUGUCCGGCUCCAGAGACGCUACUCUUCUUCUGUGGUACUGGAGUGGACGACAUCAUAUUAUAGGAGAUAACCCUAAUAACAGUGACUACCCGGCUCCCAGGGCGGUGCUGACGGGACAUGACCAUGAAGUGGUGUGUGUUUCUGUCUGCGCAGAGCUGGGACUGGUUAUUAGUGGAGCCAAAGAGGGCCCAUGCCUGGUCCACACCAUCACAGGCGACCUGUUGAGGGCCCUGGAGGGUCCAGAGCUCUGCCUGCGGCCUCGCCUCAUCUCCGUGUCCAGUGAGGGACACUGUAUCAUUUAUUACGAGAGAGGUCGUUUCUGCAACUUCAGCAUAAAUGGCAAACUGCUGGCACAAAUGGAAGUCAAUGAUUCCUCUCGAGCCAUUUUGUUGAGCAGUGAUGGGCAGAACCUGGUGACUGGAGGGGACAACGGAGUGGUGGAGGUGUGGCAGGCCUGUGACUUCAAACAGCUUUACAUCUAUCCAGGCUGUGACGCCGGCAUCCGGGCCAUGGACCUCUCGCAUGACCAGAGGACUUUAAUCACCGGCAUGGCCUCUGGGAGCAUCGUAGCGUUCAACAUCGACUUCAACCGCUGGCACUACGAACACCAGAACAGGUACUGAGGCGGAUGGCUUGAGUUGGACGAGGGAAGGAGUUCUGCAUCGCUGCUGUGCCUCAGCAACACGAAGGGGGGAAACCACAGGUACCGAGACAAAGGAAAAUUUAGUUUCAGACCUAUAGGCUCUAUUCCCUUGCAUUGAGGAUGCGACUGCGCUAGUGGGAAUGGUUUCCUAUGUGCACACGUGUGUAACCACAGACGCAUAAUAAGAAGAUACGCACGGAAAUCUGCUUCAAUAAUACAACACAGUGACUGCAUCAUAGGAGCAGAGAGCCAGUGAAGCAGAUGUCGAUCCUCACGGGACAGAUCGAUUUCACUGUUCCUGGUACGUUUAAAUCAUCACACAUACUCAAGUCUUUUUUUCCUUUUGGGUUUUUUCUCGUUUGAAUUCUGACGUCACUGAGUUGUAUUUGUUAAUUAUUUGGGUGAACUAUAAAUUCAAAUUCUUUUCUUGUCUCUAAACUAACGCACCAGCCUGUAACUGUUGUCCAGAAGCCGGUGAAAUUGGCUCAAUCUUAAAUUUUCUCCUGAGAAAUUACCCAGAGUGUUGAUUUAGUUUUUAUCUCGUUUCAUUUUAAUUGCCUAAGUUUUUUUUAAACCCCAAAUCAGAUUUUAUGUAAAUAAGGCUCUUCUUCCUUCAGAGUUGCACUUGUUCUUUCACUACACAAACUGCGCUUCUCACCUUUAAUUUAUUAAUGACUUGCUGUAUGUAAAAUACUGUGUAAUAAUUAUUAUAAUGUCGACGAGACUGAUGGUAAAAAUGGUGGCAUCAAGGAUGGUGAUUUAUUUUUCCCUUUUGGUUCAUUUUUGCUGGAGACAGAUAUGACAAAGAGCUCUUUUUCCGUGCCACUGAAGAUGACAAAUAUGAGACAGACAUAAUUUCCUUUGUAUAUUUGGUGAUUGUUUUGUCAAAUAUGUACAUACAGUCUUGAUUCAAGCUUGGCAGGAGACUUACUGGGCUGAAUGGGACCGAAAGUGCAAAGGAAACCUUCACAUACCCACAUUUGUUGAUUAUUUUAAGUAAGAAAAUGACAAAAAAAGAGAAUCAACUAGUUUGUUUUGUAUCUGCACUUUGCACCAAUCACAUAUUAUUUAUUAGCUUGGUUUUUCUGGUCGACUGCCUUCAGCUCCACUUUUUAUUUAAUUUUUCUUCCUUCGGGGAUUAUUUGUGCAUUGAUGUUUGUAUUUAAAAACCGUUGAGCUCAUGAGUGAUUCUUCAGUUUUACAACCUCACAGUUGUAAGCAAUAUCAUGAUUCUGUAGCUGAUAGAGAAGACGGCGGGCUGGGGGAGGAGAGAGGAAAGCGUGUGACACGUACUGUAUGUGUGAAGCCAUUAUGAUCAAAUGCGCACAUGCACAUACUCCUAUUGACAGGUUCAAACUUACGUAUCCAAAAAAAAAAAAAGCUUAAAUAUUUUUGGAUCUAUGAAACCGUAAAAAAAAAACUAUUGUAUUCAUGUUUUAUUGCAAAGAUGUAAAAUAUGACAUGUGUGAGUUGGGAAAAAAUCAUAAGAAAAAUAAAAUAUGCAAAGAAUUUGA